UUCGUCGGGGCAACUUCAGGCGGGCGAACGUUCGUUCGUUCGUUUCUAUUCGCCGAGCUUCAUCGUCUCGCUGUUCUUUCUCCGCGACGAGAUCGGGAGGUAAACAGUGCGCGCGUCGUAUCGUGCGAGGAAGGUCGCGCAGCUUUGCGCGAGAUUCCGCGAGUGACACGUUUCAUCAGCGGUAGGUGAAUCGUGUUUUUCUCGUAGCGAACCAUUCAUCUCGGCUGGGAAUAGUGACGGCGGCGAUUUAACCUCUUCCUCCACGAAUCGUCGGUGUGUAUGCGACGUAUCCUUUUGUGAAUGCCGCUCGUUGAAAUUUCGCCUCGGUUCGGUGAUUUCAAGAAGUUUCGUUUCGCAAAGCGUUUUGACCAAUCUUUUUUGCAAAGCACCGACAACUUGUACGAAAUAUAUUCCAGACAGACUUUAUCACCCAAGUCAUCUGAGAACCUGACUCAACCGUUCUCUUUAUAUAACGAGAGAUUGAUUCGCGAUUAUCGGCUUGGCACGAAGCCAAUUCUCGCAAAUCGAUCGAUUUCUGAUCGCAAACUUUGGCCGAGAAUCAGUUUUCGCCGGUGGAUAUAUCAAUCGGCCUGAAAUCGAUUACGAAAUUUCGCGGGAAUUUAAUUUUCAACUUCUCGCGUUCGUAAGCUGCAGUCGGGCAACUCUUCUCUGGGUUUCGUUUCCGUAAACUCGGCGUUGCCAACUUUCCUUCCCGGGAAAACAAAAUUUGCUUCUCGGGCGUCUUUUCGAAUAAAAUCGUCCGGGAGAUAUUUCCAGUGAGUGUAGUGAAUCUUUCUCGGUAAAUAAAGGUCUCGAAGAAAACAUCACUUUUGUAAAGAGAAUGAUAUCGGUAGAAAAACACUAAACUCGGUGGGCUGAGCGUCCUUUUUUACGACGUCUGCCCUUGAACAGGUUCAGGAAGAGGGAUCGCGCGAGCUACAGGACGAUUCACCGUUCGGUGGCGCGCGUGACGCAUGUUCCCGUUCGCUCGCUCGUUCGCUCACUCUACGAGGAAAAGUCUCAGUGACGACAACAGUGCGUUCUAAGAAUUUCUCACCGAUGGUGUGCGCGUGAUAUCUGGAAAAUUACAAUGGUGAAAUCGCGCGGGAUCGGUGGCAGCCUGUAGCUCGACAGCUGCUGUUCAUGUAAAACCAGCAGCGAGCUAACCAGUCGGACCGGUGCGUUGUUUCGGUUCUCUUCACGGCCAUAACGGACCAUGCGGCCCUUUGGAAUUUCCUGGAAACGAUGGCCUGCCAGCGGAAUAGGGCAAGAGGUUGCUUUAAAGAGCACGACAACGGAUGGACAACUGCGUGAUGGAUGAAUCGCAAUUACGUGGGCGUGGAAAGAAGAAAGGAAAUGGAUUUGAGAGUGACGAAUAGAGGGAGCGAAAUUGUAUAGCAGGGAGAAGAAGGAAAGGAGAAAACGUCAGUCGUGCAAGGAAACAUCGUAAUAAAGACGACAUGAGCAUCUUUCUCUUUAACGGUUUUCUGCUGCUGGGCUUCGUCGUGGCCACGGUGCCGGAUGUCAUGGUGCUGGGCUCGCCCUCGCAAAUCGUGGACCGGGAUUCAAGCGUAAAGAGGUGUCGUUACAAGAGGGACUACUCGUUGUUGGAAGCGCGGUGUUCAAAUUUGGAACUGGAGGAAAUCCCGAUUAACUUAAAGGCGGACAUACAGGUGCUGGACGCUACGGUGAACCGGCUGAGAGAGCUGACCAACGACAGUCUGUUGCCUUACAAGAAUCUGCAGUACAUUUACCUGGCCGACAACUUUAUUCAAAAUAUCGAGGAAGCUGCGUUCGCGAAUCAGCAUUACCUGCAGGUGCUGGACCUGACGAAGAACGGUUGCGACAAUCUGCCCAAGAGCCUGUUUCAGCUACCGCGCCUCAGGACCCUCUACCUCGAUUACAACAAGCUCACCGACUCGGUGUUCAAGGUGUCGGUGAGCUCGCCUCUGAGUAUAUUGCAACUGGCCAAGAACAAACUCACCAAGAUCCCGGAUAUCGAUGUGCAGCCGACUCUCAUGCGCCUCAACCUGUCGGACAAUGCGAUCGUCUCCAUCAGCAGCGAAGACAUCGCGCCGUUCUGCUCGCUCGAGGUGCUGGAUUUCUCGAGAAAUCCGAUCAAAUUCGGCGAGGGCUGCGAAUGCCAUGCGCUCAAAGCGUGGCUGAAGCUACGGCGAAUUCAAGUGAAGCCGUAUUCGUUCAAUUGCAGCGAUUGGUCGUCCGAGAACGCAGCCCGGUGCGCCAAUGUGCAGUUCAGCAAUCGGACGCUCGAGCUGUACGACAACUGCUUGGCGGUGAUACAGCAAAAGUUGGAGACCGAGAAGGCUCGUUCGGUCUGGAUAAUGGUCGUCUCGUGCGUCUCGGUGUUUAUCGUAUGCGUCUUCGUCGCUCUGUUCUGCGUCCACAAGAGGAAUCGCAGGCGACGUAGGAAGCAGAAGCAGCAGCAGCAGCAGCAACUCGCGGCGAACAACGCCAACACCGAGCUGCUCAACAGCAAUCUCACGCCGGGUAAUUCGUGAACCGACCGUGGUGGCUCGUUGUAAGAGAUGCUCGCAUGUGUGGAUGUCGACGCUACCAGUUUCACUUGCGACCGACGGCAUGGCAGGACACACGAAUGAGAGAGAGAGACCUGUUGCUGUUUGUUGAGAGUUUAAUCGCGAUAUCGACGGACACACGUGCCGUCGUGACUGCCAUUUUCCACCGAUGUGUUGCAAUUUUUCUCAACUGACAUAUAUAUAUAUAUAUUAGUCACUUUUCGAAGGUGUUGUUCGAGACGGCGCUUCGGACGCCAAGAUUACUACACUUGUCACAGAUAUAAACGAAUGUGUAAAUGUUCCAUAUUAUGUUGACAUAUAGCAGUUACGAGAUAUAUAUAUAUAUCUGUGUGAAAACGUGACGGUUUCUCCAAGACUCUGAGUGUGUUUCAAUAAAUACCCCACCGUCAUCUACCUAAUAAUCUCGCUGUACUCUUUGUGUGCGCCGAUAAAAAAAAACACCAAUUUUCGUUUCGAAAGAAAUCGUGUGAUUCUUGCCCAUGUGUGACUGAUAUCAGUGGUGCAUUUAUUAUCGCCACGGUUUAUGGUGUUUGAAGAGGGAUUCUUAUCGGAAGACUUCCACCACGUAGAAUCCAAAGUGGAGAAUAACCCCUAACCUAGCCGUGUGAUUUUACUUUUCGUCGAUGCUUCUUCUACUCUCUCUUAUUUCACAUGCACAAUUUUGUAUCCCACUUGUAUUUAUUUUUCACAAAUCGAGAAUAGGUUAUUAUAGUUUACGCAUAAAGACGCUGGACAUUCUAUAGUAUAACGAGAUCCACACAAGCGUUUGUUACAUUCGAGCUAAAAUGAACAGUGUGGAGGAGUAUGCGUGAUUUCUCUCUUAUUAAAGAAAAUGAAAGAAAAAAAGAAGGAAACAAGAUCAUCUCCAGCGCAAAGUCAUAUUCUCAGUUCCUAACAUGUGUAUAGGUUUAUUUCAUACAUAUAUGUACCGGUGCAGAGAUUAUUUGAUUUUAUCAUAAGAUAAAUACGGGUUAAUCGUUACCAUCGAAAUAACGACACAACUCAUGCGUAACACGACGUUGGACAAUUUUUUUUACUAAUUUCCACGUUACCUUUUAAUACACACGAGAAAUACUUUACAAACUAUGUACAGAGGUAUCAAUAAAAAUUGAGAUCCGAUAAAUCACCCUUCAAUCACACUUGUCAUGAUUUUUACCAUUUUUAUCUAACCAUUGUAUCUGAUAGGGCGAUACUUUUUCUACACCUUUGAUACAUUCGAAUAAGUUUGUACGUAUAUAUGAGCGUAUUUUCGCACCGUUAUUCACAUAAAUUUAUUUCACCACAAAGUCAGUCAAAAAUAUCACUAAAAUACCUAUUUUAUUCAAUCGCAAAUAUUUAUAAGAUUGUAAUGUAUAAAUUUUCAUAGAUGUAUCGGUCAUGAGAAAAAAGUGACAAAACGAGAAAUGCCGGACGAGAAAAACCGUUUAUUAAAUGAAAUACAUCUUUGAAACAACGAACUGUAAAAAGAUCAAUGUAUACGAUGAAAAUAUUAAUCGACUCGUAGCGCAAAAUCGCAACGUUUAUCAAUUCAAUAAAACAGCAGCUUUAAGCAAAAUAAGAAUUUUAUUAUUAAAUUAUUUCUAUAUACGCAUAUCCAGAGCCA